UACCCUACGAGUUUCCAACCAGACAUCUAUUAUCUUGGCCCAGCCAACCCAGCCCGGGAAACUACAUACACCUUCAUGAGGAAGCUGUUCGAGGAGAUCCGAGAGCUUUUCGCGGACGAAUAUUUCCAUGUGGGCGGUGAUGAGGCCCGCUUCCAAUGCUGGAACAGUAAUGAAGAAGUACAGGAAUUCAUGGUACAGCAGGGGUUUCCUAAUAGUACAGCAGGGUUUGCUGACCUCCAAGGGUACUACCUAAAUAGGAUACUUGAAAUCCUUCAUCAGGUUCCUGAGAGGACCAGAGGGAUUGUCUGGCAGGAGAUCUUUGACAACUUCGAGAUCACUGGAGACCUCACGGGAUUGAAUCUGGACACAAUCAUCCAUGUGUGGAAGAAGAACGGCUCAAGGUAUGAACCAUUCCGUGAGGAGAUGGCCAAGGUUACCGCAGCCGGGUACAGAACGAUCCUGUCAUCCUGCUAUUACCUCAACUACAUCAGCUACGGACGGGACUGGCCGCUGUACUACGAAUGUGACCCACACGACUUUCAAGGUAACAUGCUUUAUUUAUUGGCAAGCACAAACAAAACAACAUUAGAGCGUUGUCGCAGCCAUGGGCUGAAUUAG